AUGAGCCAGCGUGCCCCAGCCGCAAAUAAUCAGCACCAGGAUGCCGAGGAGGAAGCAGGAGGAUCAGCUUUUGCGAUCGCCUCGUUACCGUCUGAAGUGCACUUGCACAUACUAAAACAUCUGCCGCGAUACGACAUCGAUAAUUGCAAAUUCGUCUGCAAGCGAUGGAAAGAAAUGAUCGACCGCAACAAGCACUCUCUGAGGAAGCAUGUCGUGCAGGCAGUGGAACUCAGGGAGUACAAAUCUCGCUUCAUCCUCACUCUCAAGUUUGUUUCAAGCCUUUAUUCCUUAAUGCAAUAG